UAGAUACUUAUUCUCAUUGAUGAAACAUAAAUUCUGUUUAUUUUGUUUUCUUUUGUUUUCUAUUUUAUUUCUUAUUCUUUAAAUUAAAUUGCGUUGAUUUGAAAUUUACUUUUUUCUCUACUCUGUGAAUAGUCUAUUUGGAAUAUUAACUAAUUAUGUCUGGACGUCAAAUUAAUAGAAUUGGAGGUCGAUAUGGUAAUUCAUCUUCUUCUUCUUCUUCAUCCUUCUAUUCACCUAUGAACAAGUUUGGUAUUUCCUGUGAUGUUUGUUGCCACUCGAUUCCUGGUGAACACAGAAGAGCAAUUUUCGCAAUCGGUCCAUGUGAUCAUCCAAUUUGUUAUCAUUGUUCAGCCAAAAUGAGAGUAUUAUGUGAACAAAAUGAAUGUCCCAUUUGUCGUCAAGAGGUUUCUGAGAUUAUUUUUACCGAAGAUUCUCGAAAAAAAUUUAGUGGCUUCGAUUUAUCGAGAUUUUAUUUCAAUGAUAAAUUUAAAAUUUACUUCGAAACUCAAAGCUGCUACGAGACAUUUAAUUCUCUUCUAGAAGAGAAAUGUAAAAAAUGUAAAACAACUUUAGAAAGUGUAAAUGAAUUACAGGAUCAUUUAUGGGAGAAACACAGAUUAUUAACGUGCGAAGUUUGUGUUCAAAAUUUGAAAAUUUUCAGUGAAGAAAGAAAAUAUUAUAAUGCUGGACAAUUGGAAGCUCAUAUGAAGAUUGGUGAUCCAGAUGAUCGUUCAUAUCAAGGACAUCCAGCCUGUCAACUUUGUAAUCAACGUUAUGUCGACUCGGAGGAGCUAAAUCGUCAUUUACGUCGAGACCAUUAUUUUUGUCAUCUUUGUGAUACUAGUAAAGUUAUCUAUUUCAACAAAUAUGAGACUUUGAAUCAACAUUUCCGUGAGAAACAUUAUCUAUGUGAAGAAGGACCUUGCAAGAAUGAACAAUUUACUUCUGUUUUUCGAACUGCAAUCGAUUUGCAAGCUCAUAAAGCUCAAAGUCAUUGUCUUACCAAAUCGGAAGCCAAACAUGCACGAACUUUGAAUUUGGACUUUACCUUCAAUACUGCACCUCGAGGUCCGAGAGCUGGUGGAUUUAAUUCACAGGUUGUUGCUACUCUUAAUGACGAUGGUCUGUCCAAUUCCAGAGGAGGUGGCAGUCGAAGAGGUAGAGGUGGAGAUCGAGGUGAUCGUGGAGAUCGUGGAGAUCGUGGAGAUCGUGGAGAUCGUGGAGAUCGAAAUGAUAGAGGUAAUGAUCGUAACCCUCCAAAUAUAUCAGAAGAUGUUUGGAUGACAGACGAUCUUUCUAUUCUUGGAGCUGUAGGCCCUGAACGUCCUGUUCAACUUAGACCAGAAGAUUUCCCAUCACUUGGAGAAACAAGUAAACAAAGUCCACUAGAUCGACCUGAUAAUCCGCUUUCUGUAACUUCCAAAGCUGCUGUUGCCAAAGUGGUAACCAAUGGUGUCACAAAUAACCAAGACUCGAAAGCUUCUAAAAAACCUAAACACAAGUUUAGUACAAAAGUAAAAGAAAGUGCUACUUUCGGUAGAAAAGAUGAUGAAGAGUUUCCAGCUCUUUGUGUUCCUGAUCUAAAAGUCAAAGGAUCUUCCGGCAAUCGUUCAGUUCAACAAGCUAGUUCUGCAAGCUCAUCGGCUAAAUCUAUUUCAUUAGCCGAUGCUGUAAAAUUGAAUCCAAAGGCUACUGAAAAGACAACAUCACAAUCCGUUGAUAGUGGUAAAACAAGUAAAGUGACCGCCAGUAACUCUCUUAAUCGUAUAGCAAAUGAAUUAAUUGACCACAGUGACCCUUCAUCAAGUCAAGACUUUUCCUUGACACAAAACGAUUUUCCGUCCUUACCCUUUAAAGUAAAUGGUAAUCGAAAGAAAAAGAAAUCACUCAAUAUACUAUUAGCCAGUUUGAACAAUCCUCAACCCGAUCCACCUCCAAAUUAUACUUCAGUACGACUUGUCGAUACACUAAUUCCUAAAGAAAACAAUGGGAGCACAAGCAAUCGGAGCGAAAAUGAGAAUAAACCAAGUUUAGAGGAAAACAUGGAAAGUUUAUUACUCAAGGAAGACAAUUUUCCACCUUUAAGUGGAGAGUCAAACAAGAAAAACAAAACGACCAUCAAACCAUCAGGUCAAUCAAAAUCAUCUGGUCCAACAAAGUCAAAACAACCGACUCUCUCAUCACUUGUUCGACCUCCACCCGGUUAUGAAAAACGCAAUCUCAAAAAACCAGCAUCUAGUGAAUUAUCAAUGGAAGCCGUAGCUCAACAAUUGAUCAAACCAAAAAUUACGACCGUAACCCCAUCCAUAACUACAACAAAUCCCACAACUACAACCACCACUACAACCACAACAACAACAACCAACUCAACAAAUAAUAAUAUCCUAAGUGGUAAAAAAUCUGAAGUAAACAGUAAUAAUCACAUUGAAUCAAAUAAUAGCAACGUAAGCAAUUCUAUUAGCGAUAAUAAAUCUGGUAACAAACCUACAUCAUCAUCAUUAUCAUCAGCAAAUAAUCAACGUAAAGUUAAACGAGAAAAUUUUGAUCAGCCGCCUUCAAGUGAUCGUAUUAAUUCAAAAUCUGCCAAACAAUCAUCGUCACCCAAAUCAACAGUAAAUUCAACAUUACCUCAACAGUCUCAAUUACCAUCACAAUCAACAGCAUCAAUAGAAAAAUAUUCAAAUAGACACCAAAAUGGAACCAAUCGAUCAACACAACAUUAUCCUGAAGAAUCAGCUGAAAACUCUUAUAUUUAUCCAAAAGAUUUCGAUGAAAGGAAUCGUCGUCUCUUCGAUAUGGUUCAAUCCAUUUUAAAAGAUAGAUUUAAAGAUUUUGACCUACUAUCGAGAGCAUUUUUCAAAGAUGAUAUUCCACCACAUCAAUAUUACAACAAAUGCGUUGAAAUGUUUCGUAACAAAUUGAAUCACGUUUUAUUGGAUUUAAUUGUACUUCUACCCGAUAUAAGGAAACAGAAACACCUAAUGGCUGCUCAUGAUUCUAACAUUAAACAAAGGAUUGGAAAUAUUCCCAUGAAAACCGGUGUUUGGGAGAUUAGUACAGAUUCUGAAUUGGAUGUUGUGGUUUGUCCAAUGUGUGGUCAAGUUUUAAGUAAAAGAGAUGGACCAGAUCAUAUCACUAAACACCAGAGAAUGAAAACUUAAAUUAACCCGAGAUUUUAACAUGAAACAAACUGCAAUGAAAUUUGAAAGCUAAUCGUCUUUACAACAAACCCGAAAACAAGAAGAAAAAAACAAUCACAAGAUUAAAUAAAAUUUUUUGUUGCUAAGCUCAAACAAAAAGAGAUCAACUAA